AUGCUACCGUUGUACGAACUGACAAAACAAGGUGCAGAAUGGACAUGGACAGACAACCACGAGAAAGCACGUAACACCAUCAUCGAAUGCUUAACGUCCGCACCAGUACUGACAUUAUUCCAGGAAGAAACACCUAUACAACUAUUUAUGGAUGCUAACAGUCUUGGAUAUGGUGCAGUACUGGUACAGGUGAUUGAGGGGCGCCAACAUGCGGUUGCCUAUAUGAGUAUGAGGACCACUGAAGCAGAAAGCCGCUACCACUCAUAUGAGUUGGAAACGUUAGCAGUGGUACGUGCUACAAAACACUUUCGCCAGUACUUAUAUGGGCGAAAAUUCACGGUGAUAACAGAGUGCAAUACAUUAAAAGCGUCCAAGCACAAGAAGGACCUUCUACCGAGGAUUCAUCGUUGGUGGGCAUUCUUGCAAAACUACGACUUUGAGGUAGAGUACCGCAAAGGUGAACGUCUCCAACAUGCCGACUUUUUCAGCAGGAACCCAACUGAGUUUACAGUCAAUAUUAUGACAAGAGAUUUGAACUGGCUCAAAAUUGAACAGCGACGGGAUAAUGAACUGCGGCCUAUAAUCGAUAACCUUAGUAAGGAUAACCCAGUAGAGAACUAUGUCUUGGAGGAUAACGUCUUGAAGAAACAAGUAAACGAUCCUGUUUUUGGUCAACAACUUAGAACAGUUGUCCCCAAGGCUUUCAAUGGAGUAUUAUCAACUCUUUUCACACCGCACUGA